CCGCCGUGGAGGCAGCCGGCGUGUGCCUGGGGCAGCGGGUCACGAGGCUCCGCCCCGGCCGCCGGGCCCGAGGGGACGGCACUUUGUUCAGGAUGCCGCCUCCCUCCUCAUUGUGGGGCCGGGGCCGGCGGCUGCCCUAGUGCGGGGCCCGAGGCCGGAGUGCGCGGCGGACGCCAAGCCUGGUGCGAGGGGCCGAGGCGGCCUGGGGAGCCGCGGGAAACUUUGUGCUCGCGAGAAGCGGACCCAGCACCCGCGCUGCCCUGGGGGAUGCGCGACUCUGCGCGGCUGCAACGCGGACCCGGAGCCCGGGCGGGCAGGCGCUCCGAGACAGAGUCUUGCUAUGUUGCCCAGGCUGGUCUGAACUCCUAGCCUCAAGUGAUCCUCCCACCUCAGCCUCCCAAAGUGCUGGGAUUACAGCUGUGAGCCACACACCCAGGACAGUAGCCCACCCUUCCAGCCUUGCAGACCAUGAAUGGGAUGGCCAAUGUGAAUCCCACCAGCCGCCCUCACUACGCCUCCUCCAUCCCGGUGCCUCGUGCCUCUUCCCAGACCAGGAUUCCUACACCGGGCGCUUCUCCCCAGCUGCGGCCACGCCAGGCCGGCCUGGCCCUGAGCCCACAGAGAGCGGCCUCCCCCAGACUGGGAAAGGCUGCAGGUCCUUCUAGAAACUCCUCUCCUAGGGCCUUCCGGGGGAGAGGCUCUCCCAAGUUUGCUGGGGCGGUGAGGGAGUCAGCUGAGGAUGGGGAAGGCCCCUCCAGCUCCCCAUGGAAUAGUCCCAGGACAACCCCGAAAGCAGCCCUCUCCAGCCGGACUGGAUCCGGAAGAAUUGCCGAGAGACAAGGCACCCAGGGAAAGAAGAAGAAAGCCCAGGAAGGGACUCCAGUCUGCCAGACCCGGGGCAGAAGCCCUUCUCGGACGAGCUUUCACGGAGAAGCUCAAAUACCAGGGACUCCGGAAGGUCGGAAGCCUCCAAGCUGCCCAGGAAAAGACCAAAGAGAUAUAAACUACAAAAGUUCUGGGACCCCCAGGUCUUUGGAGCCUGAUGAGGGGACAGCUUCAUGGGCUUCCUCUCCAGUCUGCAGCCCAGUGCAGGGCAAACGCCCCUCUCCCUCUCCGGGGGCCAUUAGCUUCUCCUCAGUCCAUCAGCAGGGUCAGCCAGUCACAGCCACGGUGGCCCCCUUCCAGUACAGGUUGCAAACUGACCAGAAACCUGGCCCCCUCUCCCAGGGCAGCUGGGCCCUUGAUGGCUAUGCUGAGCCCCUCCAUGAGACUGAGGAGAGCUUCUCCUGCAUGGACGCGCGGAUCGUCCAUGCGCUCCUCGCGGGCAGAAUGCUGGGCAGCAGCGUCAAGAGCGUGCAGCCCGAGGUGGAGCUGAGCGGCGGCGGCGGCGACGAGGGCGCGGACGAGCCGCGGGGCGCCGGCAGGAAGGCGGCGGCGGCGGACGGCAAAGGCAUGCUGCCCAAGCGCGCCAAGGCGCCCGGCGGCGGCGGCGGCAUGGCCAAGGCCAGCGCGGCUGAGCUGAAGGUCUUCAAGUCCGGCAGCGUGGACAGCCGUGUCCCCGGAGGGCCGCCCGCCUCCAACCUGCGCAAGCAGAAGUCACUCACCAACCUCUCUUUUCUCACGGACUCCGAGAAAAAGCUGCAGCUUUAUGAGCCCGAAUGGAGCGACGAUAUGGCCAAGGCGCCCAAAGGCUUAGGCAAGGUGGGGUCCAAGGGCCGUGAAGCUCCGCUGAUGUCCAAGACGCUGUCCAAGUCGGAGCACUCGCUCUUCCAGGCCAAGGGCAGCCCGGCGGGCGGCGCCAAGACCCCCUUGGCUCCGCUCGCGCCCAGCCUGGGAAAGCCGAGCCGGAUCCCUCGAGGACCCUAUGCGGAGGUCAAGCCGCUCAGCAAGGCGCCUGAAGCGGCCGUGAGCGAAGAUGGCAAAUCGGAUGACGAGCUGCUCUCCAGCAAGGCCAAGGCGCAAAAGAGCUCUGGGCCCGUCCCCUCCGCCAAAGGCCAGGAGGAGCGCGCCUUCCUCAAGGUGGACCCGGAGCUGGUGGUGACCGUGCUGGGAGACCUGGAGCAGCUGCUCUUCAGCCAGAUGCUGGACCCAGAGUCCCAGAGAAAGAGGACAGUGCAGAAUGUCCUGGAUCUCCGGCAGAACCUGGAAGAGACCAUGUCCAGCCUGCGAGGGUCCCAGGUGACUCACAGCUCCCUGGAGAUGACCUGCUACGACAGCGAUGACGCCAACCCACGCAGCGUGUCCAGCCUCUCCAACCGCUCGUCCCCUCUGUCAUGGCGCUAUGGCCAGUCCAGUCCGCGGCUGCAGGCUGGUGACGCGCCCUCUGUGGGUGGGAGCUGCCGCUCAGAGGGAACGCCCGCCUGGUACAUGCACGGGGAGCGGGCCCACUACUCCCACACCAUGCCCAUGCGCAGCCCCAGCAAGCUCAGCCAUAUCUCCCGCCUGGAGCUGGUCGAAUCCCUGGACUCGGAUGAGGUGGACCUCAAGUCCGGCUACAUGAGCGACAGUGACCUCAUGGGCAAGACCAUGACGGAGGAUGACGACAUCACUACCGGCUGGGAUGAAAGCAGCUCCAUCAGUAGUGGACUCAGCGAUGCCUCAGACAAUCUCAGUUCAGAAGAAUUCAAUGCCAGCUCCUCACUCAACUCCCUCCCAAGUACUCCCACUGCUUCUCGCAGGAACUCAACAAUAGUGCUACGCACAGACUCAGAGAAGCGCUCACUGGCAGAAAGUGGGCUGAGCUGGUUUAGUGAAUCAGAGGAGAAAGCCCCUAAAAAACUGGAGUACGACAGUGGUAGCCUGAAGAUGGAACCUGGGACUUCUAAGUGGCGGAGGGAGCGGCCUGAGAGCUGUGAUGAUUCAUCCAAGGGUGGAGAACUGAAAAAGCCCAUCAGCCUGGGCCACCCUGGUUCCCUGAAGAAGGGCAAGACCCCACCUGUGGCUGUAACUUCCCCCAUCACUCACACAGCCCAGAGUGCCCUCAAAGUCGCAGGCAAACCUGAGGGCAAAGCUACAGACAAGGGUAAGCUUGCAGUGAAGAAUACUGGGCUCCAACGCUCCUCCUCUGAUGCUGGUCGGGACCGCCUGAGUGAUGCUAAGAAGCCCCCCUCGGGCAUUGCUCGCCCCUCCACUUCAGGAUCCUUUGGCUACAAGAAGCCUCCUCCUGCCACAGGCACAGCCACUGUCAUGCAAACCGGUGGUUCAGCCACUCUCAGCAAGAUCCAGAAGUCCUCAGGCAUCCCUGUCAAGCCAGUAAAUGGGCGCAAGACUAGCUUAGAUGUUUCCAACAGCGCAGAGCCAGGAUUCUUGGCUCCUGGAGCCCGUUCUAACAUCCAGUACCGCAGCCUGCCCCGGCCAGCCAAGUCAAGUUCUAUGAGCGUGACCGGCGGGCGGGGUGGACCUCGCCCUGUGAGCAGCAGCAUUGACCCCAGUCUCCUCAGCACCAAGCAGGGAGGCCUUACACCUUCCAGACUGAAGGAGCCUACCAAGGUAGCCAGUGGGCGGACCACUCCAGCCCCUGUCAAUCAGACAGAUCGGGAAAAGGAGAAGGCCAAAGCCAAGGCAGUGGCCUUGGACUCAGACAACAUCUCCUUGAAGAGUAUUGGCUCCCCAGAAAGUACUCCCAAGAACCAAGCAAGCCACCCCACAGCCACCAAGCUGGCAGAGCUGCCACCAACCCCUCUCAGGGCCACAGCGAAGAGCUUUGUCAAACCACCCUCACUAGCCAAUCUUGACAAGGUCAACUCCAACAGUCUGGAUCUACCAUCAUCCAGUGAUACCACCCAUGCUUCAAAGGUCCCAGAUCUGCAUGCUACAAGCUCAGCAUCUGGGGGCCCUCUCCCUUCCUGCUUCACCCCCAGUCCAGCACCCAUCCUCAAUAUUAACUCAGCCAGCUUCUCCCAGGGCCUGGAGCUAAUGAGUGGUUUCAGUGUGCCAAAAGAGACCCGCAUGUACCCUAAACUCUCAGGCCUGCACAGGAGCAUGGAGUCCCUCCAGAUGCCAAUGAGCCUGCCCAGUGCCUUCCCCAGCAGUACUCCCGUCCCCACCCCACCUGCUCCCCCUGCUGCUCCCACAGAAGAAGAGACGGAAGAGCUGACUUGGAGUGGAAGCCCCAGAGCUGGGCAACUGGACAGUAAUCAGCGGGAUCGGAACACUCUUCCCAAGAAAGGGCUCAGGUACCAGCUUCAGUCCCAGGAGGAGACCAAGGAGAGGCGACAUUCCCAUACCAUUGGUGGGCUGCCUGAAUCUGAUGACCAGUCAGAGCUGCCUUCUCCCCCUGCACUUCCCAUGUCUUUGAGUGCAAAGGGCCAACUUACCAACAUAGUGAGUCCCACUGCGGCCACCACGCCAAGAAUCACCCGCUCCAACAGCAUCCCCACCCACGAGGCGGCCUUCGAGCUGUACAGCGGCUCCCAAAUGGGGAGCACCCUGUCCCUGGCCGAGAGACCCAAGGGAAUGAUUCGGUCAGGAUCCUUCCGAGACCCCACGGACGAUGUUCAUGGCUCAGUGCUGUCCUUGGCCUCCAGUGCCUCCUCCACCUACUCCUCAGCUGAGGAGAGGAUGCAAUCUGAGCAAAUCCGGAAGCUUCGUAGGGAACUGGAAUCAUCCCAGGAAAAAGUGGCCACCUUGACGUCUCAGCUUUCUGCCAAUGCUAAUCUAGUGGCUGCUUUCGAGCAGAGCCUGGUGAAUAUGACAUCCCGCCUGCGACACCUGGCAGAGACGGCCGAGGAGAAGGACACAGAGCUGCUGGAUUUGCGAGAAACUAUAGACUUUCUGAAGAAAAAGAACUCUGAGGCCCAGGCAGUCAUUCAGGGAGCCCUUAAUGCCUCAGAAACCACACCCAAAGAACUUCGGAUCAAGAGACAAAACUCCUCAGAUAGCAUCUCAAGCCUCAACAGCAUCACUAGCCAUUCCAGCAUCGGCAGCAGCAAGGAUGCUGAUGCGAAAAAGAAGAAAAAAAAGAGUUGGCUUCGAAGUUCCUUCAACAAAGCGUUCAGUAUAAAAAAGGGGCCCAAGUCAGCUUCCUCAUACUCGGAUAUAGAGGAGAUUGCUACACCCGACUCCUCAGCCCCCUCAUCCCCCAAACUACAGCAUGGUUCUACGGAGACUGCUUCACCCUCCAUCAAGUCCUCCACCUCGUCCUCCGUGGGCACUGAUGUCACCGAGGGCCCUGCUCACCCAGCCUCCCACACUAGGCUGUUCCAUGCGAAUGAGGAGGAGGAGCCAGAGAAGAAGGAGGUAUCGGAGCUGCGCUCUGAGCUAUGGGAGAAGGAAAUGAAGCUUACAGACAUCCGCUUGGAGGCCCUCAACUCUGCCCACCAACUGGAUCAGCUUCGGGAGACCAUGCACAACAUGCAGUUGGAGGUGGACCUGCUGAAAGCAGAGAAUGACCGACUGAAGGUAGCCCCAGGCCCCUCAUCAGGCUCCACUCCAGGGCAGGUCCCUGGAUCAUCUGCAUUAUCUUCCCCGCGCCGCUCCCUAGGCCUGGCACUCACCCAUUCCUUCAGCCCCAGUCUUGCAGACACAGACCUGUCACCCAUGGAUGGCAUCAGUACUUGUGGUCCAAAGGAGGAAGUGACCCUUCGGGUGGUGGUGAGGAUGCCCCCGCAGCACAUCAUCAAAGGGGACUUGAAGCAGCAGGAAUUCUUCCUGGGCUGUAGCAAGGUCAGUGGAAAAGUUGACUGGAAGAUGCUGGAUGAAGCUGUUUUCCAAGUGUUCAAGGACUAUAUUUCUAAAAUGGACCCAGCCUCUACCCUGGGACUAAGCACUGAGUCCAUCCAUGGCUACAGCAUCAGCCACGUGAAACGAGUGUUGGAUGCAGAGCCCCCCGAGAUGCCUCCUUGCCGUCGAGGUGUCAAUAACAUAUCAGUCUCCCUCAAAGGUCUGAAGGAGAAAUGCGUCGACAGCCUGGUGUUUGAGACACUGAUCCCCAAGCCGAUGAUGCAGCACUACAUAAGCCUCCUGCUGAAGCACCGGCGCCUCGUCCUCUCGGGCCCCAGCGGCACGGGCAAGACCUACCUGACCAAUCGCUUGGCCGAGUACCUGGUGGAGCGCUCUGGCCGUGAGGUCACGGAGGGCAUCGUCAGCACCUUCAACAUGCACCAGCAGUCUUGCAAGGAUCUGCAACUGUAUCUUUCCAACCUAGCCAACCAGAUAGACCGGGAAACAGGAAUUGGGGAUGUGCCCCUGGUGAUCCUAUUGGAUGACCUGAGUGAAGCAGGCUCCAUCAGUGAGUUGGUCAAUGGGGCCCUCACCUGCAAGUAUCAUAAAUGUCCCUAUAUUAUAGGUACCACCAAUCAGCCUAUAAAAAUGACACCCAACCAUGGCUUGCACUUGAGCUUCAGGAUGUUGACCUUCUCCAACAACGUGGAGCCAGCCAAUGGCUUCCUGGUUCGUUACCUGAGGAGGAAGCUGGUAGAGUCAGACAGCGACAUCAAUGCCAACAAGGAAGAGCUGCUUCGGGUGCUCGACUGGGUACCCAAGUUGUGGUAUCAUCUCCACACCUUCCUUGAGAAGCACAGCACCUCAGACUUCCUCAUCGGCCCUUGUUUCUUUCUGUCCUGUCCCAUUGGCAUUGAGGACUUCCGGACCUGGUUCAUUGACCUGUGGAACAACUCUAUCAUUCCCUAUCUACAGGAAGGAGCCAAGGAUGGGAUAAAGGUCCACGGACAGAAAGCUGCUUGGGAGGACCCAGUGGAAUGGGUCCGGGACACACUUCCCUGGCCAUCAGCCCAACAAGACCAAUCAAAGCUGUACCACCUGCCCCCACCCACCGUGGGCCCUCACAGCAUUGCCUCACCUCCCGAGGAUAGGACAGUCAAAGACAGCACCCCAAGUUCUCUGGACUCAGAUCCUCUGAUGGCCAUGCUGCUGAAACUUCAAGAAGCUGCCAACUACAUUGAGUCUCCAGAUCGAGAAACCAUCCUGGACCCCAACCUUCAGGCAACACUUUAAGGGUUCAGCAAUCACUGUCACCCCCGGACAGCAGAACGCUGGCAUCAGCUAUCUUAGCUCCUCCUCUCCCCUCUCCUCUUUCAGAGCACUAGCUCUCCAGCCCCAGGAGGAGAACAGGAGGGAGGAGGAGAUGAAAGAGGAGGGACAGGUUCUUGGUGCUGUACCUUUGAGAACUUCCUAGGAAGGAAUGGUGGGGUGGCAUUUGGGAACUUGUGCCCCCUAAACACAUUUACUGGCCUCCUCUAAUGACUUUGGGGAAAAGAUGAUUCUGGGUCUUUCCCUUGACUUCUUGUUUCAAUUACAAACUCCUGGGCUUUCUGGGGAGGGGUUCAGAAAACAUCAAAACACUGCAGCAGUUCCUAAAUGAUUCUCACAAGCAACCCUGAGAGAGACAGUCAUGUGAGGGGGAUCUGGGGGAGGCAGGAAGCUCCUCAGAUUUUCUCACAGACCCUUCCCAAUUCCAUCACCACUGCCAACAACUCCUCCCCCAGAGAUCUGGCUGGAGCCCAGAAAAAGAAGCAUGUGGUUUAAAAAAUGUUUAAAUCAAUCUGUAAAAGGUAAAAACAAAACAAGCAAACAAACAAAAAACAAUGGAAAAGAUGAAGCUGGAGAGAGAGGAACCAGUUGCCAAGGUAGAGAGCUGCCCGCUCCUGCCCUCUGGAUGACAUAGGGGACAUCAACAAGACGGCUGCCAACCUGAGAAGUCACCAAACCACAAAAAUAACCUUACAGCCUUCAGAGAAAGACUACCAGCUCUGUCUUUCUACCCUCUAAUUUAACAAUGCAUGAGAGUCAAUAAACCCUACUUUUUUAUUUUUGGUUUUUAUUUUGUUUUCAUUUUUUUCUCCCAUUUGCCUAUUUAUUUUUUUGUUUCCCUUUUUUUUUUCUUUUUCCAUUUUUCCAUUUCCUCACAUGUCCACGAGAUGCUUGGGUUGCUUUUCCAGGGGCUAGUUUGGCUUUUCCAAGUGGGUUUUCUUUGGAGAAUCUGAUGCCAUGCAAUUGGCAUGACACCUGCCAUGCCACUAUCUUUGGCAUCCAUGGGGCUUAUAUGAGUCAUGAAGCAUUGGCUUGGAAGUAGAGGGAGAAGAGGAACCCAGUUCCCUUGACUUCCCUUUUGAGAAAGCACACGUUCUGCUGGGUAGCUCAGUUGCCAGCCUCUGUCAUGAGAAGGUAUAGCCCCAUCUUGAUAAAGAGUUACUCUGAGCUUUAUCAUGGACCAGAGGAAAACCAGGAAAUUGAAAACAUUCCUCUGUCUUGUGGCCAGUUUGGCCUUUCACUGCACUAUUCUGAUAGUGCCUGACUGAAUCCAAAUAUCCUAGCUGGCUCUUACUAUUUUUCACAAGUGAGUAUUCACAUAUAAGAGACCGAACAUCCAUGUGAGAUCAUCCCAAUCAGAAUAUAAGACUCAAGGAGUUUGACUUGGUGGCCAAUACCUGCCUUCCAAAGAGAUCCUACCUUUGCAGAUUUGCUCCUUUCCCAUUACCUCCAAGGUCUGGCAAUCCCUGUUCUUUCAUUUGACAAGUACUUACUGAGAACUCACUAUGUACAAAUCAUUAGGUUAAAACAGACACACACACACACACACACACACACACACACACAAAAGACUUGGGCCCUUAAGUUUACAGUCCAGUAGGAAAUGUUAACCUCCAUUAAGCUACGCCCCCUUGUUAUCUAGACCUUUGGGAUCAUCUAAGAAAUGUAGCUGAAACCCAAGGAGCCAGCUAGAAAGAAGCUUUUGAUUAGAUGUACAAUACAUUGGGGGGCAGAAGAUUUGGGAUCAAUUAAGAUGGAGCCUGAAGGACUAUGGAAUCUUGCUUGUCAGGAGUGGGCAAGUCUACUUCCUGCCAUUUCUGAAAGCCCCGCGGGACCAGCUUCUAGGCUGAGCUGCCUAGCAGGCUAAAGCUUCAGGACUCUGCAGGUCAAGGAUAUGUGAUGAGCACCGGCCUAAGUGUUUGCUCUUCAGAUUCCUAAGUAGCACAAGACUUUAUCAGAAUCUAUAGGCAUACCAACCUGGAUCACUCUGUUCCACCCAGCCGAGGAGUAGAUGCAUCUGAAUCUUCAUAUCAGUAUAUUUUCAUUUAAGUCCAAAAGAUGGUCCAGGCUGCCCCUCACAAAAGUGUCUGCAUUCACGUGGUAAGCUCCCAUGGAUGACAGGGUUCUGUAUGAUGGAAACUAUUAUUGCUAUUGCUGCUAAUUCCAUGAGCUGUGAAGAUCCCUAACCAACUCAGCUGUAACAUAUGCAAUUCUGUGGUGGGAAGAGGCUGUGUGUCCAAGGAUGGUGCUGAAAUCACUGCCUUAAGGUCUCUGCUGUGCAGAAUGAGGAGGCCCCCGAGCUGGCUGUUCUAACUUAGAAGGAAGAGAAGACUGGAUGGGCCUGCUUGGGAUCUAGGCCUUUUCUAAACCCUAUCCUAAGCUCCAGUUCCAUGGCAAGGCUCAGACUUUUAAUGCCAUCUUAAUCUGAUGGUUGAGCGCUUCACUCUAUUUUCUGGUGCUGCCCAGCCAGUGCCUUCUGCCAUGGAUGUUACUGGCUACUUGAGAAAAAGGAGAGGGGAGAACCCCUUCUUUCGUUCCAACUGCCUCUGACCCCAAAGGGAUUCUUGGCUCUCUGGUAACCAUGGAUACCACCGUGAAUUUUAUUUGGAUCCUCAGCAGGUUGAUUCUGGAGGCCUCAUGCUAUGACUUUUUAUUUCUCUUCCUGAGAUCCACCACCCUCUACUCUCAGCUGACUGCUGCAUUUAGCCCAGGUCUCCAAUUGCUUUCCUCCAGAAAGUGUGUUCCCAUCUAGUGAGGUGGUAUUGAAGCCUCGGCUUUCCCUCUGGAGCCUGGGACCCUGUUUACAGUUGCACAUCUGGGCCCCUCACUGUGGGGAUUGAUCAUUCUCAUGAAGGAAUCACAGUUAUAUGGCAACUGCAGAAGGCUGAGCCUCCUCAUGGUGCUAUAACCCCUUGGGACACUCAUCCAGACUUCUCUGAAGCAGAAAACCUGAGCUCCCCACUCACUGCCCUAGAAUUUAUGGCAAGGAGCAAAUCCACAGCAUUCUCUCCCACCUACGUCCUGCUUCUUGGUUGAGACUACCGGGAUCCUUCAGAAAAGAAACACUGGGUCCCAUAGCUAAAUUCUCAACUGCCAGGCACCUUCAGAAGAAUCCAGCCUAAUACUGGAAUUUGUGCUAUUAUCUUCCUCUCCAGCCCCCCAACUCCAUCCCUCACCACAGUUGUCUAGGAAAUGACAUGAAUUCAAUAUCUAAUGUCAACCAAUGGGGAGAGCCACAACUCCAGGAGAGGUUCCUGAGCUGAGUCCCUUAAUUUCUGGAUGAAGAAAACCAACAAGUUUUGUCCAAUGUACUUGUUUCUCAGACCUUGCCUAGGCACUAAAAAUAAAAUACUAGGUCAUCGGAGGCUAAUGUGGGACCUGAUGUCUGUGUGUGUGUGUGUGUGUGUGUGUGUCUCCCUCUCUCACACACACAAGAGCAGUUUGCUGUUGCUGUUUCCUACCUUCUGAGGCUUCAAAGUAUUUUUUAAAAUCUAUACUUUGUGGCAGCUCUACGGUGCUUAUCUCUGUCUUUAUGUCAAUCCUUAAGUACCCAUGUCUUUUGCAUGUCUAACCAUUGGGAAGGUAGAGGCUGGCAGGGAAGACAAAUCUGCUGCAAGUCCGUGGGAAGACCCUACAAUGAAAUCCUUAUUGGUUGGUAUACUGUUUUGGUCUUGAAUUGCCAGCCUUGCAACUGAUCUAUCCAUAUUCCUUAAGUACUAAAGACAAAACAGAGGGCUUCUUUUUCUCUCUUAAUGUCUUGCCUUCUGGUUUUCCUGGUUUGCAAGACUAGUGUACCUAAUCUCACCAUCUCUUCAUUUCUAGCUCUCUGAAACAAGGGUCACACUGCUCAGAGGGAUAACCCCUUACAGUGGUCUGAGGAGUAACUAUUUCCUAAAGUAUUCUAAAAGAGUAGGAAGAGAGAAAUGGUAGCCUGCUGCUUCUCACAGACACCUCACAUCCUCACUUGGGAUGGCAUCCACAUAGAAACCCUGCAUUUAGGUAAAAUUUGCCUGACUGAAGAGGACUCAGUCCUCCAAAUCAAGAUCAAGGAGAUAUCUGCAUGAGACCUUAAGAACUCUUUACUGCCAUUAUUUGGAGAGGGCGGGGGAAUUGUCCUAAUCACACAUUUAACACAGGGAAUAAGUGCUGAAGUGACCCAGAUCACCAAGCGCAGUUCCUCAUCAUACUUUAUUUUUGCUUUCCUUAUUCCUUGGCACUGACUAAGCUAAAGUUAAGAAGCAGACUUCAUAAGCCAACCCGUGAUGGGAUGGAAAAAUGGGCUUUUGCAGAGGGUUUAUUAAUAGAGAUGGAUAUACUACUCACAAGUUCUGGCUCGUGGCUCCACUGAGAAGGCCAUAGUAAUAAAAUGAUCUUACGAGCACUGUUCCCCAAAGGCCAAAGCCUAGAGAUAUCGCCCCUUAUGAUCCAAUCAGCCUUAUAUUUUAAUGAGUCCUGAAUCAACCUGACUACGGAUAUAUGGGGCCACCAACUUGACACUCCCCACUGCCCAGGGUGCAUGGGUGCAUGUCUGCUCAGCCUAGCCCUGGAAGCGAGCACUGCCAGCCACAGAUCCUGGGAAAGGUGGUAGUAACCCAGAAGAUGUAGCCUUGAAGGGAGGAUACCUAUCAAAAUGCCAAAGCUGCAGGGACACGAAGACGGUUGAAAAUUCAACCUAUGUAUACUAGAUCCUUCCAGUUUGAUGGUUUGGUCAUUCUUCUUCAUGAUUAUACCGUGGAGAAUUUUCUGUGACAAGAGUGGUCGUGGAAGUAAGUGAGUGAUCCCCUGGUUUCUCAUUCCUUAAAGCAGUGGUUCUCAAAGUAUGGCACAAGACCAGCAGCAUCAGCAGCAUUUGGGAACGUGUUAGAAACGAAAUUCUCAGUCCCAUCCCAGAUCUGCUGAAUCAGAAACUCUAAUGAGAGGACCCAGCAAUCCAUGUUUUAAUAAACCCUCCUGGUGAUUCUGAUGCACACUAAAUUCAACUGUUUUAAAGGGAAAGCCCUUUAAAGUAGUAGAGUUCCCACACUGAGAGGCUUUGGGGCCCAAAAUAAGAAGGUUCUAGGUUGUAAUUCAGACUUUAACGUUAAUUUCAAAGUCACCUUUCUCAUGCUUCCUUGUGUUUCUGUUUUUCCAUUUAUUUUAACAAAGAAAGGUAUGUCUGCUUUUGGGUGGAAGUUAGGAGAAUGUUUGCAUCUUUCCUAGUUGAAUACAGCCUUCAGAGAAAAACCUUAUGCCUUGGAAAUUACUACCUGGCACACUAAGGGGCUUCAACAAGGAAAAGCAGUUGGAGGUCUCUUCCAGAUUGCUCUUCUGCCGAAUUAUUUGUAUCUAUUCCAAGCUGAUUAUGUAAUAGGAUGGAAAAAGUAAAAAAAAAAAAAAAAAUCUAAUUUGUAUGUCCAUGACAACGUGUUCUCCCAGCAACAUCCCUCUCCUUUAUUUGAGUUAUAAAAAAGGGCACUGCUGGGCCUGAGAACCGGGCCAGAACCUCCUUCUGUAUGGCAGCUAACAGUGUAGGGCUCCAGUAGCCCAGGAAGGCCCCUUAUCCACACUCCACUCAGCUCAUAGGAGACUCUUGCAUAAUGAAGACACAGCCCUGGGCACUUCAGUCCUUGUGCUCCUCCUCUCUUUUCCCCACAGCAGGACCUGGAUACAGAAGUACUCAGCCAAGGUGAUAGAAUAAAAUCCUUUUUUUGUUGUUUUUUUUUUGGUUGUUUGUUUUGGAGAAGGAGUCUCACUUUGUCACCCAGGCUGGAGUGCAGUGGCACGAUCUCGGCUCACUGCAACCUCCGCCUCCCGGGUUCAAGCGAUUCUCCUGCCUCAGCCUCCUGAGUAGCUGGGAUUACAGACGUGCCAUCAUGCCCAGCUAAUUUUUGUAUUUUUAGUGGAGACGGAGUUUUGCCUUGUUGGCCAGGCUGGGCUCGAUCUCCUGACCUCAGGUGAUUCACCCGCCACAGCCUCCCAAAGUGCUGGGAUUAUAGGCAUGAGCCACAGCGCCCUGCCAAAUAAGAUCCUUUUUUAAAAAAAAUCUGAAAAAAGCUUCAUAUCUUUACAAACUCAUAAAAUAGCUGAUUGGGCCAUGGCGGAGACGAGGCUGUUUAGAACUGGUUUUGUUUCAAGUUUGUCAAUUUUCCCUGUAUGAGAACUUGGGUAAAGCACAAAGAAACAUACAGUGCUAGUAAUAGGUCUCCUGAGCUCUGGAACUGUGUUUGGAGGAAGGACUAAAGCCCGGGGGAGGUGAGUAUAAAAUAAUUCCACUAAGAUCACCUCCUCAGUCCCCAGAAGGCUGAUGGUGGAUCCUCUGGCCAUCUCCUGUGGGGUCUUCCUGCUUCUCUGCCGUUUCUCUAUGCCUGAAGACACAAAGAUGAUAUCAAGGCAGAGCUACCAUAUCACAGCCAGUCUCUGGGCUACUGCUGUGCAGUGGCUCCCACUUUCUAAUGCUUUUUUGUUUUUGCUUUUUCUAACAAAACAAUCUUUUUUCAAAAUGAAUUCCAACCCCUGCUAGCUUCCUUCCCCGCCUCCAUACUGUUUUAGGCAGCACCGUUUAUGUGACAGAGUCCGUGUUUCUCAAAUGCAUAGUGUUCCUCAGGGGGAGAGUGAACAGAAAUUUUUGCAACACUUUUUUUUUAAGUUAUUGGGUACAAAAUCCCAAACCAGGAUAUGUGUAUGUCUGUGUGUUUAUGUUUUUUAUUUGACCCUCCCCUCUUUCAACCUAUACCCUUUUAUAUCCAAUGUAGAAAAAGCGAAACUGAAUCUGGAAAGCAAAUUGUUGUAUAUAGUUGCGGUAACAAUCAUGAAGAGAGAGCUGGGCUGUCCCCUCAGUAAUUCAUUUUAAAUAACAAAUUAUUUAAAAAUAAAAUUCAUGCCAGAGCCAGCUGAAAAGGCCUUCCUUCAUCACCACUGAGGCCACCCCCAAUCUGGGCCCUCUGUCCAUCUGGCAUGUCUCCUCCCAGCAAGAUUCAUCUGUUCAAUGCCAUUUGCGUUUCAAUAAAGUUAUCUCCUGUACUGUC